UCCAGGCCCCGCCUUUUCUGCCUGAGGCUGCGCACGUCCCCCUCCAAGCCCGGACCCCAGCCUGUUCCCGCCUGAGGCCCUGCCCCUCUCUGCCUCCAGAUUCGCGCAACCGAUAGCUGAGCCGUGCUAGCCAUGGUGACCCUGGGCCUGUCCCGAGUGAACGACACCGUGGCCGCCAAGCACCCAGGACUCCGGGAAUAUGCCGCGUGCCAGUCGAACGCCUUCAUGAAGGGCAUUUUCACCUUCGUCACAGGCAGCUGUGUGACCUUCGGCCUGCAGAUGUUCAUUCAGCGGAAGUUUCCAUACCCUUUUCAGUGGAGCCUACUGGUAGCUGUGGGUGGGUACUCCAGGAUUGGUACCUGGGCUUGUCAGCUGAAUCACAGGCUCCAUGGCCAGCUACGGAGUGACAAGAAUGGAGUCACAGAAAUGCAGCAACCUCUGGCUCUUCCUGGAGACAGGGAAGCUCCCCAAAGACAUGGGCACAGAUCCACGCAGCUAGGAGAGCUCCAGCUGCCCACAGGGGAUUUGGGCAAGGGAUCAUCCUGGAACACAGCCCUGGAACACAGUGCCCUCCAACCCUAGGCUGGCCCUCCCUACCUUACACAGAUCCUCCCCAUGCCCUGUGGUGCCCCAGCUAUAUUCUCUGCACAUGUGCAUGGCCAGGCUCAACAAACCUGUGCAGACCACUACUGCCCCAGACUGGGACCUGCCCCAGAGGGAGACCAGAAGGGCCCUCCCUGGGGUGGUAGUUGUCCUCCAGGGAAGCAAGAAAGAGGAUCCCAUGCACAUCUGGGCAGUAGGACUUAAACAUACUCUCUCAGCUGCGCUGGCAUCCAGUUCUGGCCCUGCACCCCCACAAGUCCAGCGUGACAGCUCAUGCUGGGGCAGGGGACAAAUAAACAAUGUGUCCCUUCUCCCACCUGAAUUCUAAAACAACUGAAAAACAAAGGACUGAGAAGGGAGAUGAAAUGUCACCUUGGUGUGUGAGGAUGACAGAUUGCACACCAAGGACUCACAAGGCAAGCUCCUAAUGCUGUGCCCCAGGACUGAACAUUCCUACUGGCUCUAUAGGCCUAGUGAGACCACCAAGGCCUCUGGCUAUAGGUGAGGAAGGAAGGGAGGGGAGGGAAGAGGGAUGCAGGCAGAGGCCAGAACCAGCUGCCGAGUUUGUGGCCAGGCCCACUCAAUUGCACACCCACCAAUCAGAUAAAGCUGCUUCUGCCAAGCACUUGGAACAAAGAGCCAGUGGUUGCAGCCCAACCUCAUGGAGGAACACUCCCGAGUGGGCAAGUCCCCCCACACCUGGCCACGACAAGAGGCAGAUGGAUACAAAUCCUAGGCAUGUCUGAUGGUUACCCUGGCCUCCCAGUGACCUGACAGGUCCACCCUGCUCUGCCCCAGCUUAGCCCAAGUGUUGGCCUAACUGAUCACUCCAAAGAAUGUUCGCUGAGUACUGAGUGUGCCCUCAGAGUUGGCAGGAAAGCAAAGUGACAAAAAAACCCAAGAUAACAGGGGUUUGAGCAA